UUCAGCCCAUGUGUGCGUGUGCUUUAAACAACUACGCGUACAAAUCAGAAUAGGCGUCAAGGGUUAGUAGAAAGAAAUAAACGACGAGAGUAGCGGGCCAAGACAAUAGCGACGACAAGGUAAGGUGGAGUAGCGUUAAGGAACUGAGUUGUUUGCUAUGGUGACACUUUCUAGCCACGUAGCGGCGUAAGAAGAAAUGGUGGUGCCAUUUGUCUGAAAACUGCCUAAUUGGUAGUUUUGGAGGAGGGGUUCAUCGCUUGUUGUUGUUUUGUUUGGUUCAUUGAUUGGUUAAAAAAUUGUGGGCGUAAUUAGUUUUUCAUCACAAUCUUCUUCACCCUUGCUCAGUGUGUGCGCGCGUUCGGAAAAGAAGGUGAGUGGCUGUUGUUAACCGGAUAUAAACCCAGAUAUUGACCCCAUAUUUGUUUCUGACGGAUAAGUGAACCCAGUGAUUGUGUGUUGGUCCCGUUGUCGUGCCCGAUGGAUUGCUCUGGUCCCGUGUGCAGAAGCAGCAGGAACAAGAUAGCUAGGUGUCGGUAGUGUAGCAUGUGGUGAAGAAAAGACGGCAGGCCGUCAGGACAGUGCCCUGCACAGGACGCGAUGAGGACGACAACGACCACGAAGCGUGCUGCUACUAUUACUGCUACUGUUGUUACAGAAACAACAACAACAACAACGUUUGCUGCGACUUCAAUAAGAAGAAAAAGAAGAAGGAGGCCGGCAGCGCUAGUGGCAUGGUUGCUGCAGCUGCCGAUACUCAUCGUCCUCGCUAGUCCAGCGGUUGCCGUGCAGAGCUUCAGAUUACUGCCGUCCGAUUCGGAAGUUGUGGAGGGAGGAAGUGUGAUACUUCGUUGCGAGGUUGACAAUCAGGAAGGAGAUGUUCAGUGGGCUAAAGAUGGGUUCGUUCUUGGGUACGAUCGGGCAGUCCCCGGUUACGAGCGCUAUUCGAUGACGGGUAAAGCGCGCCGCGGCGAACAUAACCUGCUCGUGGUAAACGCAACAGUAGACGAUGACGGUGAAUACCAAUGUCAGGUGGCUCCAAAGGGCAAUAGUAGAGCAAUUUGGGCCAAUGCAAAGCUCACCGUUCUAUUACCGCCGAAAACUAUUGAGAUUGCCAAUUACCUGAACAACAGUCCCGUCGAAGUGAAGCAACAGGAGACAAUACAGCUGUCAUGUCUUGUCGGCCAGUCGAAACCCCCCGCCGAAAUCAAAUGGUUUCGAAAUAACGCCGAAAUCCACCGACCUGAUAUGAUCGAGUAUAAGACUUUAGAAGGAGACAGUGGUCGACAUUCUGCUGUUUCAACUAUCACGUUACGCCCGUCACCCGAGGAUAACGGUGUUGCGUAUGCCUGCCAGGCGCACCAUCAUAAACUUAAACCGCCACUGACGACGCUCGUGCGGCUUUCCGUUCUAUUUCCGCCCGAUCCGCCCGAAAUACUCGGAUACUCUGAAGGGGAAGUUCUGCGUGCAGGUAAUGCAGUGACAUUACGUUGCGUCUCGCGCGGAGGCAACCCCUUGGCGUCGGUUCUUUGGUAUCGGGGAAGUGAUACCAAACCCUGCGAUAGUUCGUUUAGUUCCUCCGACAGAAACAGCGUCAAUACAUUGAACUUCAUUGCAAAUGCCAGUGAUAACAACGCGAUCUACCGCUGCGUAGCAACAAAUCCCGUUAGCAAACCGGAAACGGCCCAAGUAAAACUUUCUGUACACUAUGGUCCUUACAUGGUUACCGUAGAACCUGAUGGGCCUUCUUCAGCAAAGGUAGGAGAUAGAGUAACAAUGCGUUGUCGAACCGCACCCAGCAAUCCGAAGGCUGACAUCUCAUGGACCGUCGAUGGUCGACCAGUGAAUGGAUCAAAGUUAACAAGCCGACAUGUCGACGGCGGCUGGGUGACAAGCUCUGAACUCUCGGUCGCAAUCACCAAACAGGAUCGGCAAAUGAAAGUUUUCAUCUGUUACGCAGUUAACAUUGCACUCGGGGAGACUGUUGUCCAGACUGCUGCUAUUGAUAUAAUUUAUCCACCCAGCCCGCCUGUAAUCUACGGUUACCUCGAAAGUAAACCAAUGAAAGCUGGCGAGCAAUACGCGCUUACCUGUGUUACCAAAGGGGGCAAUCCAGCACCACAACAUGCUUGGUUUCGCGGAAACAACAGGGUGGAAAGUAGUGUAAAAAAUGACAAUUUAACCGUUAAGUCUGAAAUCGUUUUCACCGCAUCAGAGAAGGAUAAUGGCAGACCUAUUCGCUGUGAGGCAUCCCAGAAGAACAGCGUUCCCCAAAAGAAGAGUGUCACACCAAAGGUUCUUUUUGGUCCCUUUAAUGUGACAGUGCACCAGGUAGGCCAAUUGGUUGCAAGCCACAACGCCACUUUUGAAUGCCGCACAGGCCCAUCUAAUCCUCGGCCAGAAAUCACUUGGUGGAAAAAUGACAAACUCGUCGAAGCCGGUCAGCAGGAAAUUGAAGUGAGCAGCAUCCAUGGUGGGGUAAUCAUAGUAAGUCGUCUUUCGUUAAACCCUCUACAAGUCAAUGACCAUGGCGCCACAAUCCGCUGCCAGGCGACGAACCGUGCCCUGCAACGGAGCGAGCAUCAUACCGUGGACCUGAUUGUUGAUCAUGCCCCUGUUAUAAACCUUCGAAUAGACUCAUUGACGUUCUUCGAAGGCGACGCAGCCCUUGUACAGAACCUUGUCAUAAGCGCUUAUCCACCAGUAACCCGCUUCGAGUGGAUGCAUGAAGGCAGGCGUAUUCCACUAGCCAAGGAACCCGAAAAAUAUCGAGGGGGGCCAAGACAUCGAAUUACCUACCGGAACGAUGUGCUCAACUUCACUGAAAUUCAUCGUAAUGACUCAGGCGUUUAUAUACUCAAGGCGCAAAAUGCUGUCGGUUGGGGAGAAACCAACUUUACCAUUGAUGUUCACUACCCCGCAUCGAUAACACACAUUGACGAGGUCGUGUAUGCUGACGAUGGAAGCAACCCGAGCCUGCAGUGUCAAGUCGAUGCCCAUCCCGUCUACAAUGACACAAUUUACUGGGAGCGCGAAGGUUUCGACAUGUCCCGAACGCGUACAACGUUUAAGGGCCGAGCGGACGAGAAAACCGCUACCUCUUUCCUUACGAUUUUCAAUGUAUCCAAGGCUGAUAUUGGCGUAUUCAACUGUAUUGCCAACAACAGGCUGGUAACUACCUCAGCGCAGAGGGGAGCCAUGCUCGUUGUCAACUUCAAGCCUAAAAUCGAACGUCAUCCGGCGUUAGCGAAAGCGGCUGCAAAUGAAACUGGUACUGCACGUUUGCCAUGCCAAGCAAAUGGGGCUCGUGACGUGACGUUCUCGUGGCGCCGCAAAAAUGUUCAGUUACAGCCGGGCGCAAAAUACGAAAUCAUACAGAGACGCCUGGAAGGAAGCUUCGUCCAAUGGGAAAGCGAACUGGUCAUAUCUGACGUGCGGACGUCGGAUUAUGGAAACUACACCUGCGUUGCUCACAAUGAUCUAGGAUCAGAUCACGCUCAAGUGCUUCUGACUACCGUCGGUUCGCCUGAGAUCCCGGGGUUCGUGUCGCUCAGUAACGCAACUUACAAUUCAAUGACAGUUAGCUGGCAGCCAGGGUUUAGCGGUGGGUUGGCGCAAAGCUUCAAAUUGCGCUAUCGGCCACGCGACAAAGUACAGGAAGGCUUUUCCUAUCGAGAGGUGCCAACGCCAAAACAGUUCAAUAUGACGGUGUCUGGUCUGGAGAUGGACACCGAAUACGAGUUUAGUCUAUUAGCAUACAAUUCCAUCGGGGAAAGCAAUUUCAGUGAGCCGAUUUUUGAAAGGACUCUAGAUGAAAUCUUGCCGCCCAGUGGUCAGUCACUGCCAUCGGCUAUAUCGAAAGUGGACAUCCCCAAGAUGAUUAUAACGUCAGUCUCGGUGGUAGGAACUUCACUGUUGUUCCUCAACAUACUUCUUGUCAUCUGUUUCGUCCGCAAGAAGAAGGGCAAGCGGCAGAAGGACGAAGGUACCUAUCAUUCGUAUUCAGAGGAAAGCGAACAUUCGGCCACGAAGCCUGCGGCCAUCGAAAUGUAUGCUCCGCCUCCGAGCUACACGAACGCGACCGUAGCCGAAACAGUAAGUUCGACGUCAGACAAGAGUGAUACCGCACACUUCAGCUGUUCCGACGACUCCACUUCGAAGCCGUCGUUCAUCCUCGAGGGGACCUCGUUACCCGCGAACACCGUCGAGACCAAUCUGCACUACCAGCCCGCGGCGCACUCGACGCUGCCCACAUUCCACCACCCCGAUGACUCCUCGCUCGUGACAGGCGGUGCCAAGCCCCAGGUAGCAGCGAGCGGAACUGAUCGCCACGCGACGCUUCCCGCACGCCACCAUCAUCAUCGGGUCCACUACGCACCGGAAGUACAGCGGCGUCUUUCGGAGGCUGAGUACCCAUACUUCCGGGCGGGCUCAGGACCGCCCACGCCACCGGGUCGCACCUCGGCAUCGGCGAACGGCGUUGGGUCAGCGCCCCCCGGUGUGGUAGGGCCAGUAGCGCCUGCCGGCGCUGUAGGAGUCUCUCUACGCGGUGACAUGUAUAAUGUGGGCUACAUCAGCUACCCGCACGCCGAGCUGACCUCAUUUAACAGUAAUCCACUGGCGACCGCCACUCAAAGGAUCAGUGAACACGACGGACAUUUAGUGUAAUAGUUAGUGACAAAGCGAUAAUAAUAAUAAUAGACAGACAACUCUAGUACUACACACAGAACUAAAAAUCAGAUACAAUACAAUAUAGUGUAUCUGAUUUUUAGUUUUGAGAUAGAUACAAGACAGAAACGGAACGAGCCCUGAGUUAUAGAACGAUCACCUACACUUUCUAACUGGUUAUGAUAACAAUAUUGAUGUAGCUGACUAGCCUAAGGCCUAGCUCUACUUCUAGCAGCCAAACGCGGAGUAUAGUAAGAAAAUAAUCGUAGUAGUUCAGAACAACAAAGAAAUUCUGGCUGAAUCGUCAUAGUCAUUUGAUAUAACGGGUUGAUACUGAUCUGAUAAAUCAUAGGGAUGUCAAAACUGGUUAUGUAGGUGAUGCGAAUUAUGGUGAAGAAAAUUAUUACGGCAAGAAUGUGACAAUAACAAGAACCUGUGUUUAGUUGUAUAAACUUUAUUAAUAGUAAUGCAAUGUCAGAUAUCUUUCAGCGGUGGUUCGCGAUCAUAAUACCAACUGAUUCUCUGGAUUCUUCAAAGACUGACAGCCAGCUAUUUGGUAAUGCUCAUUUGAAAUUCAUAAAUAAAAGACAGCGUGUGCUAUUGCUUAGAGUUUACAGGUGCUCACGACACCCCAGGCAUAUAGAGUGCGAGACAUGUUUGGUCCUCUCAGGUUUAUAUAUUGUAUUUUACUUUAAUUCAAUACGUUUCGGAAAGACAAGCUGUCAACAAGUCAUGCAGUUUAUCCGCUAAAUUUUCGUCUAGCCAAAAAGGUAAAAAAAAAAAGAUUAAUGUAACGGAAGCGACCUUUGUUGCCACACACGAUGCACUGGUCACACCUAACAACCCAUUGCCCCGACAUUUUCGUCGUGUCAUCGCCAAUCUAACAUACAGUUACUUUGCAACAUGAUUCGGUCGGUUACUUCGGUUUAGUCGGCAACUAGCAAUAUGUUGCAAAUACUUGAUAUAGUUUAAUAUAGCGGAUGGCAAAAAUGCUUACCUGACUAUCGAAGUCUUGACGGCGGUUUCGGUAAAAGGUCAAUCCUUUGGGUCUGUCCACGAGAUACCGAGGUCGACACGAGAUUUUCGUUCGUUGACUUGCUUUCAGCCUCUCCAGUGGCCGUAUCUCGAACAAAUCCAUUGUAUUGUCCUCUUUUGGGUCCGUGUGUACGCCAGCGUAUGGUCCAUAUUCGUGUUUACACGAGUUUCAUGUACUCGCUGACACUAUUUCAGCUAGCUGCUCAAUGCCGCCUUGCCAAUUCAGACGCAGAAGCAAACGAGCGCUGAAGGUCAACAAGACGGCUCCAGGCGGAAAAAACAAAAAAAGGACAUUAUGUAUCAUUACUGUGCCCAUCAGAAAACAGCGGCAGUACAACGGACCUGCGUAUCACAUGGGUGAGAGAGAGUGCUAUAAGAUACAACAUUGAGGUUGAAUGGAGCAUAUUUGUCAGGUUAGUAUGUUUAACCUAUUAUGUCCUAUCGAGGAGCUGUGGAAGGUGAAUCAAGCAAGGAUGGGAAUUAAAUUAUUUGCGUUUUUUUUUUUCUUCUAGCUAUAUAAUGGCCAAGAGAAGUCUGUUCUCUCUAUCAAUAAUACUCUGUAAAGUGGUCGCGUGAGUGAGCUUUUGUAUUUGAUAUAAGCACACUUUACGCCUAGAUUAUAGCACUAAUUAUGAUAGUAAUCAUUGCCAGCUAAACUGAACAUGGCCGCUCAUACGUCAAUCUAUAUCGAAUGUUGGCGGCCAUCGAGAAAAUGGGGGCCCCCAAGCCAAAAAUCGAUGUUAUUCUUUUGUGCGUCAGUGCAAACGUGUGAGUGACGGAAUGAAGUGGGUGAAUGUCUGAGAUACCGGCGUGCUGACUGGAUUUGCUAGCUGUGUAUGCGUGCUUGUGAAUGAACGUGUUUCUGAAUUGUAUGUAUCUGAGACGUGAAGGAUAAAGCGUAACGGCAACAUUUGCGUGUACGAAUGCAAAAUGAGACCUGUAGAGCGAAAUAUUUGAUUAGUAAAGGAAGAAGAAACAAUUGACACUGAUAACGAUGAUGGUAAAAAAAAGCUAACAGGUGGCACAAUUGCCAUUUAUAACCGCAAUAAGAAGGCAUAAAACGAUAAUGAAAAAUAUGAGACAGUUGGAAGUGAGCAGCGAUGGGCAGCAGCAUCGAGAGUUUUAGUCCGAACAAUUUCAAAACAACAUAGAACAGAGUAGAUGUGCACAGGUAGACAGUUUCUUCUAGGUUAGGAUGGCACGUCUGCUGGUAGGUGGGGACAAGCUAUUUAACAGUUUUGUCUACUAGUGGUCUUGACGGAUUUGUCCGUCCUUUGUUUGAUAUAUUAAGAAGUCGAAAUUACGGGAUCGUCUGUAUGAUAAAAAAAAUUCAGGAAGAUAGGCGUUGUUCCUGAUUGCUAGAGGAACCUUGCUGAUGAGGUUGUACAUCAACGGUGCUAUACAAUCCCAUCUCGAAGCACAACAAACUCAUCUCGAUGAGAUUUAUAAUUGAGCAAGGUCAUAAAUGUUUCACGUAUAUGGAAUUUAAAGCAAGUAAGCUUCUUUACAAAAGCAAGUUUGUGGUCCGUAUUCACGAGCAGCACUCCAAUGCGGUGUUGGACAGCCUCUGGUUGAAUCAAAUUCGUGGCUUCGUUUUUUGAGCCCUCGACAAACGUGCUCGCGCUGAAGUCCGGGCCACGUGUUGUACAGCACGAAUACACUAUACAAAUAGGUCACACACACACACACACACACACACACACACACACACACACACACACACACACACACAUAUACACACACACACACACACACAGACACGCACGCCCAGUUGCACACGUCCAAAGAAAUACCCAAAUACGACAGGAAUCUCAGACAGGCACCAACACAUACGUUUGUGAUGUUGUUCGAAUCGCCUUUGUUCGAAAUCCACUGAUGAUGCUGAAGGCUAAGAGAAGCCGCCAAAAAAUAAGGGAAAAAUAAAGCUAUAUACUAAGAGUUAAAUGCUAAUGCACAAGCCACUUUGCCGCCAAAGACUGGCUCCGCAACGACAGUAGCGAUACAAGCGUUGUUUAUGACGAUAACGUUUGUAUUUAAAAUACUUUGGACUUUCUUAAAUAUGAGAAAUAAGCAGCAGAUGUUUUUUGUUGUCUAUUAAAAUGUUUAGACUAGCUGAAAUCUUAAGGACCGAACAACCGCUUGUUGCCUCGAGAAGUAGCAUAGAACUAGUGCGAGUAGAUGAGUGAAGGAAAUCAGUCGAAUCUGUUUGCAGGGAUGAUGACAAAAAAAGGUUGAUGAUAUUACAAGAUAAAGAAGGCUAUAGAAGGGAAGGAAGUAACAUCUGUAUCGGGGAGUAGCGCAGGUGGUGGCCAAGUUCCGGUCAUCGAGUUGUCGCUGUUCGGACCCAUCCGUUACUCUACCGUGCCGAUACGAGGGGCGAACGGAAGCCAACUGCAGAGCGCAAUUAUGCCCCCACCAGUUUCACCGCAGACACGACAGUAAUUGCAGACGACACAACAACAACAACAACAACAACAACAAGAUAGACUGUAGCGAGAAACAUAGUUACAGAUGUAAAGAACUUAAACAGUCGUGAACGCAGCAGCAGUAACAUGAAGAGCUGUAGUAACGAGAAGAGGCAACAAAAGCGGGGUCGAGGUAUGCCAUUAGCGAAGGACCAGUCAGGAAUCAAUUAAGACAGAGCAGCCUAAAUGACGUCUAAUAGCAUUAGAAGUAACAGUGCCAAAAACACUGUUAUCUUCACAUUUGCCAACAGACAUAGCGUUGGCAACAGUUCAGUCAGAAAACCCUCUUUGAGUUAUCUUCUCGAUAUUAUGGUAUACAAUGGCACCUAUAGAACAAUGAAACUGUUGUGCAGAUGCCUUUCACGGUAACUCCGAGUCGUUGAACCUGAUCUGCCGGAUGUGCAGCGUGUACUGACGGUAAGCACACAAAUUGAAUACUCUUAGAAGGACUAAUUGGUGAAAAUAUAUGCGCCUGUAUACUAAUACAACAGUCUCGUAGCAAAAAGAGCUCAGCGGCAAAAAAAAAACCUGCAGCAAAAGUUAAUUAUUAUGCAGCGCAAAGCUCGUUGUUAUUUCUGCUGCCGCUUCAACUGAAUUGAUAUCUUUGAUCUUGGACAAAUGGAAAUCGACGAUCGCGUUAAUAAAUGUAUUUAAUAAAGAGACAGAAUGACGAAAACGUCACAUAGCCGCCGUUGGAUGUGGUAAUGAAAAAAUGAAGGAGGUGAUAUAAUAAACCAAAAUGAGAUUGAACAUAUAUAUUGGGUUCUCGAACAAGUAUUCACCGUUUGUAGUAAAAAUCGAAGCAAACAUUUUUAUAGCUUAAGCUAACAGUACAAAACUUAGUAAGCGCCACUUUAAUCGGUGACUUGCUUCUUUUUUUCUUUCUAGUAACAUCGUAAUCUUAUCACUCACUAUAGAGGUUCUGUGAUUUCCGGGCGGAAAAUUGCGACAAAUGGUUUUUGUAUUUUUCUAUUAAUACUAAAUUAUUACCAUUAGGCGAACCUUAGAGACCAAGAUACACGUAAUAGUCUUACGGUGUAAGAUUCGGGUCAUACGACGGGUGCAUUGAAAUUAGCUCCGAAUUCUCCCAGUUUUGAGGUAUGGCAAUAUCAUGAUGGAAUAUGACGCUUUUUCUUCUUCAUUAGAAUUUUUCCAAUUGGUGGUUAUAAUUUUUUUUAGUUGUUGACCGUGGACGUCCGAAUCAAUUGUUUUGCCAGCAAAAGCUCACAGUGCAGAGUUCUUUUGCACUCCUAUCAGGCACACAGCAUUACCUUGUUUGGCGUCACUCUGAGCUUUGCCACGAAUCGUGUAGUACAUCUUUUCACUUGCACAAUAUUUGUCGUACGUAAUCUACUUUUUUAUUUUUUUUAAUAUCGGAUCAGCCACCUCAAAAUGGCUCGACUUUGUUUCGUUUCUAUAGAGUUCCUUAGAUAGAAAUAUGAUUGAGUGACUUACUUCGCGUAAACUCGCGUGGCAGCCAAGCAUCGAGCUUUUUUGUGUAGCCAAGUUUUUUUCAAAUGGAUUAACUAUUCAAUGAUGACUGUUUAGUCCCUUGGAAGUAUCCAUUUCUAUUACAAUUUCACUUUUUUCCGUAAUUGGUCGACCUUUUAUAGCGAAACGUCCCGAACUAAAGUGAGAGAACCAUCUUUGUGCCGUUCCUUUCGAUAACGCAACUUGAUCAUAAACCAUUUUUUGUAGAUUUGGACAACAUUUGCCCCUUUUUCGUAAUACAAAUGUAAAAUACAACGAAGCUUUACAAAUGAUUAGUUUUAAACCUGAGUAAAGGCGUUCUGACAGCUUUGGCGCAUCUAGUACCGCCAGAUCUUGGCUUUCAAAAACGCUAACGCCGACCCGAAAUGACUCAUAUUACGUUAGGAUCUGAAUGUAAAGCAAAACAGUUAAUACUUUUUCAACAACCCAAUAUAUAUAUAUAUAUAUAAUAUAUAUGCCCUUCAGCAAACAUAAAGACAGCAGGGUGAUCUAGUAAGCACAUACAAUAUGACACAUAGUUUACAUAUAACUCACACAACAUGCAGAUACCCAGGAUUGACGAUAGUAAUACAUCUACAAACCAACAGAUGUUUCCAACAGCAUACACAAGAGACCGCAAUGCGCCAUUGAAUAGCAAUUGUACAUCUAUGUAAAUACUGUGUAGUAUCUCAACAUGUUUUGUAAAUAUUGGGGGGGAACAGAAGACAUCACUAAAAAAUAGAGAACGAGAGAGACAAGUUAGCGGAACACGGAGAUGAUUUUGCAUAGCUGACUGUAACAAUGAUGACGAUGAAUAUUGAAAUAAAGAAAAGGAUGAGCGAUUAUAUUGCAACUUCUGAGUGUGGGACGGGGUUUACGAUUGAAACAAUGAAGUUUGACUAUGAUAACAUCCAAUAUCGACUUCACAAGAAGACCUUUCGGUACGUGUCUCAGAGGCAAAGUAUCGGAGUCGGUGACGUUAUCGUAAGUGACAGUGGCAGAUCCGUAAAGGUCGUCUACGAACGAUCAUAACAAAAAUUACCGAAUAUCAACGACGGUGACGUUAUUGCCGCCCUCUCAACGGACGACACAGAAACGCAAUAUUAUAACUCUAAUAAAAUAUUCACAAACAAAAUAAAUUUGAAGAUAAAAUUAUUGCCUCAUAAGAAGAGCACAAGGAACAAAAUGAUCAUACGCCAAUCGCCGACCUACAUGUCUCCUUGUGGAGUUGAAUUCUGCAGACGCAGCUCAUACUAAAAUACAACACCUACGAUGUUCUUCCUCUUGUAGCCGACAAUUGCCACACAAAAUGACAAGAAGCCUCUGCAGCGACAAAGAUGACGGCACGCGAAUGGUAAUUGCAGAAAGGGCGAGUACCUAGACUGCACAAAACAAAAGGAAAACGGCAAACAUGCGGGGUAAACAAAAAGCCACUAGAACAUGCGAAGCUCAACGGGAAAUGAAGUCGCCGUUGAGCAACGGAUCAUUUACGUUAAGGAACAAUUACUGCGGUAGAUUUAUGUUGGACUGGCAUCGUUCGAACGAACAAAACUAUAUAAAACUUCGUUAAUGGAGGCCAACCAUUUUAAUCUACACAUGAAAAAAAUUAACAAACGACAAUCGGGUAAGUACGAUUUAUGAAUAAUCGAGUAUUUAUGUGGUAAUAAUUGUGCCCAUGUACCGAAGAUAGGACAGUAAAAUUAAAAUCAGUUAGGAACGAUUUACGUUGCCGGAUGUCCGGUGCCAGCCCAAAAAAGUGACUAAUUGCCAAUUCAACGAUUUUACAUGACCGAACAGGAGUUAAAAAAAACAUGGCAAUGAUGAUGAUAAUGAAUAGUUGAAAAUAAAAAUAAAUAUGACAACAAUAAGCCACAACAGCAGCAACAGGACACCCAUCCAACGACUGACGAUAAUGGCGGGUGAAACAUUUUGUAAUAUGUUGAAUAAAUUGAAUGCUUUAAAAUGUAA